AGGAGGGAUAAGAAAAUGAAAGGAACGCCAGAGAAAAAACGAAGAGAUCGCCGAUGAGAAACCAUCAAGCGAAAUAAUGCGGGAAUCCAAUAAGUCUGUGAUGUGGGAUAGAUUAGGAGGGACCUUGUUGAUUAAAUUAAUUCUUGCAUUGCUAUUAAUUUCCCGACCAAUGCAGAUUCAUCUUCGAUGACGUGUGAUGCCGGCGCAAGUUGUGUUCGACCUAAAAGAUGCCGAGAGGUCCUGAGGCAGUUUGGUAGAGAGGUCUUUUGUGGCAGAAGAGGCGUUAAUAUGGUUUGUUGCGUAUCUCUGCGAAGGAGAUUCAAUGACACCAACUCCUCUAAAGUAUGUUCAUCUCCAACUCCUGAUCCUCUUCCUCCAGUUUCAGCUUCGACUUCUCCGAGCGAGUUUCCAGUUUGCGGUGUGAGUCAGCCACUUCCACAGGGAUCCGAAAAUUCACUCCUGAAGACAGCCUACGACACAGGGACGAAACAAGGCCAGUUUCCUUGGAUGGUAGCCGUGUUGUUUAAAAAUCUCGGUGUGGACUCUGUGUUUUGUAAUGGUUUCAUGAUCAACCGUCGACAAGCCUUAUCUGCAGCACACUGUUUUGAGCAGCCUACAAGGCCGGACUUAUAUUCCAUUCGAAUUGGCGACAUCUACUAUGCCGAAGGACUGAAAUUCACCAUUGCUAACAUAACAAUUCACGAAGGGUACAAAUUUGGUGCCAUGUAUGACGACAUUGCUGUGCUGACACUCGAUAAAGAUGUGGAUUUCCCAGGAUUCAGCCCAAUAUGCUUGCCGAACGCGGCUGAAGGGAAUUUGGAAGACGCUAGCUAUACAUCGGCCUCGUGGGGUGCUACGGGAUCAGGAGGUUUUAUGAGUCCAGUACUUCUGCAUCUUAAUUGUAUACCAAUCGUCCCCAAUGACGUUUGCAACGAAAUCAUUUCCAAAAGAUUGGGUGGAUUUCCGGAACGUCUUCCUAAAGGUGUAACAGAUGAUAUUCGAUGUACUGCAUAUUCGGAUGCAAAAGGCAGCACCUGCCACGGUGACUCUGGCAGCCCACUUAUGCGCCAAAAUGCAAAUCGAUGGAUUGCUGAAGGUAUUCUAUCCUUUGGAUUUGAACGCACUCUAAAAUACCCAAAAGGAUAUACUCUAAUAUUCAAUUACCUGGACUGGAUUCGACAGAAAACGCAACCUGGAGUUGAGCUGCUUUGAUCAUCAUCCACAGUAAAAACGACGAGUGAAAAGAGGAUAUUAAAAUUACCUACAAUCAUUAUUUUAAGACAAUUUUGCAAUAAAGUGAUAUUUUUUAAAUGAAA